AUGGAGACGCACGUGGUUCCCGCUCAGAGGCUGCUGUGCCCGGUGCGGAAUGCUGCGUGUUGGACGUACCGACCUUUCCCAUUGCAGAGUUUGUCUUCAGAUUCCAGUGACUUGAUGCUAAGAGUUUACAGAGCUGAGUCAUAUGUUGGCCUCCAAGAAUAUAAAACAGCCAUAGAAGAUCUAAAUUUUGUUAUUUCUAAAAUGCCAAAUUGGCCAGAGGUCUACUUCCGGAAAGGAAAAGUGCUGCAAGACUCUGGCUUUGUAGGUGAUGCCUUACAGCUGUUUCUACAGUGCUUAGCCCUUGAUGAGGACUUUCUUCCAGCCAAGCAAGAAGUAGAAAAGACGUUGUGUGAUGUGCUGUCACCAGAGACGUUAGGAGAGAGUCUGAAGGAAUCUGCUUGGAAUUCACCACAUAUUCGAAAUAAACCUUUUAUACUUGGUUCUGAGGGGAUUGAUUCUUACUGCAACUUACAGCUUUGUCCUGAACAGAGCUUAGGAGGAUCAGUUGUACUGGAACCUGUCAGUGGAAGUUUAAAUCGUGCACAGUCUGCUCAUGCUCUUAACUCAGCAAAAGACCUUGGCAAGGAAGAUGGCUUAAAGAGAGUGUCUUCUGAGCCCCUUCUCUCCAGCCAGGAAAAAGGUGCUUUGUUGAAAAGAAAGCUUUCCUUUUCAGAACAGGACACAGUGAUAUGUGAAGAUGGAAGAAACAAACACAAAAAGCAAGGAGAAAGUAUGAAGAGAGACAUGACACUGGCUUUUGGAACAAUUCCAGAGGAUUUGAUUGAUGUAUCAGAUUUUGAGUGCUCUUUAUGCAUGAGGUUAUUCUAUGAGCCAGUGACAACCCCUUGUGGACAUACUUUUUGCAAAGGUUGCUUGGAACGGUGUUUAGACCAUGCUCCUCAGUGUCCACUCUGUAAGGAGAGUUUGAAAGAGUACCUUGCAAGCAGAAAAUACAGCACCACAGAACUGCUGGAAGAAUUAAUAAUGAAAUAUUUGUCUGAUGAAUUAUAUGAGAGAAAAAGAAUUCAUGCAGAAGAAACUGCUGAACACUCAAACUUGACCAAGAAUGUUCCAAUGUUUGUUUGCACUAUGGCAUAUCCCACUGUGCCUUGCCCUCUGCACGUUUUUGAGCCAAGAUACCGACUAAUGAUUCGCAGAAGUAUGGAAACUGGAACUAAACAGUUUGGGAUGUGUAUAAGUGAUUCUCAAAAUGGCUUUGCAGAUUAUGGAUGCAUGCUGCAAAUCAGGAAUGUUCAUUUUCUACCUGAUGGACGGUCUGUUGUUGAUACAGUUGGUGGAAAGAGAUUUAGAGUUUUACGGAGAGGAAUGAAAGAUGGUUAUUGCACUGCAGACAUUGAAUAUUUGGAAGAUGUCAAGGUUGCUGAUGGAGAACAACUAAAGAAACUGAGAGAACUUCACAAUUUUGUUUACAAUCAAGCCUGCAGUUGGUUUCAAAACUUAAGAGACAAAUUUCGCACACAAAUUCUUCAGCACUUCGGGCCAAUGCCUGACAGGGAGGAAAAUAUACAGGUAAUGCCCAAUGGUCCUGCUUGGUGUUGGUGGCUUUUAGCUGUUCUCCCAGUAGACCCCAGAUAUCAGCUGUCAGUUCUCUCCAUGAUGUCUUUGAAAGACCGUCUGAUAAAAAUCCAACAUAUACUGACAUAUUUUUCUAGAGACCAGUCCAAGUGACUAACCGCCUGGGUCUUCCUGAAAAGUUACUCUGUUCUGGUUGUAGUAGCAGCUGGAAUUUUUGCUGCCUUUGCACAUCUAGCGCUGGUUUGAAGAGUGUAAUGGAACUGCAUUUUCUCUCUCCUUCCCACCCUCCUUGCUGAACCAUGUGGUUCUCUGAAUGCACACUUUCUUCAGCUACAAGAGAAGACCACUGACAGUUGCACAAAGUCAAUCCAGCUGGAUAUGUUUUUCACGUUUUCCGUGUUACAAUUUGCACUAUAUAGAAGAGAACUUUUUUGAGACUUGGUAAUUUUAGCCACUGACUUUGUAAAGCUGUGGGAAGUGCAGGACUUAAGGCUGACAGUCCAAGUUUACAACAUUGAGGAGGUAUUAAAGGUUUUGCAAAUAUUUGCCUCAUACAACUGUUCUUUUGCUGUUUGCACAAAUAUUUGAAACAUAGCAUUGAAUGUCACUGUUGACUAUUACU